AUGGCCGCUACGCACCCGCACCCGCGCGGGGACGGCGCAGCACGCCCACGGCGCGGCGCGCGCCCCCGCCGCAGGGCUUCUACGCGCACCAGCACGCCGCCGCCGCGGCCGCCGCCGCCGUCCAGCGCGCCGCCGCGGCCGCCGCCUACGCGCACGACUACGCGCAGAGGUAGCGCGAGGAUACACGGCUUUGCCGUCAGUCCUCCGAGGACCGUCGCAUCUACCUUCGGCUGGUAUCUCCCCUCGCCGGCGCCCCAUGUGUGACGACAGUGCCUUAGAGCGCUCCCAGGGACAGUACGAUGAGCUGACAACAGACUUGGGAGAAUCUGUAUUGAACUCAAAAAAUCUGAACUGUACUGAAGAAGAAUCAUCAUGCUUAGAUAUUCUGUUCUUAUCUCAUUUUAUGCCGUAUCCAACGUAUCAUUUUUUUUUAUUUAAAGAAUUCACUACAGGUAGUUGAAUGUUACAGUUACAACCUGACCUCCGUUUAGGAACGUUUUCCAAACCCAACAUCGUAGAAACAUGACAUUCCUAUUCAUAAAACGGAGACUACCACAUAGCUAAUACCUUAUAUGUCAGAAACGCUCAAAUAUUCUAGAAAAAAUUAAAUUCUGUUCGUGCAAUCUUUUAUCAAUACAUGUUUACAUUCAUUCAGUUGAGGUGUCAUUCUCUUUUACGAUUUACAGAGCAUACGACAAAACCAUUCAAUACCUGAGAACCUCGGAAGUAGUGUUUCUAUACAUACACAGUGUGUUUGACUGUUUCUGACUUAUAAGUUUAAAAUUUAAACUGUACUAUUUGACUGUACCUAAAAUAUAUUUUUUAAAUUCAAGUUAUUUUGUCAAAUCGAUUAUCUACUCUUCAAAUGCGCAAUACUUUCGUUUUAUUUUUACAAUCACGCAGGAGUGUCCCAUUAUCAUUUGUUUAGUUUUUUUGUUGAUUACUGUAUAUGUGAUAAACCAACAAUAUUUUUCGAUCUAUCUUUUCUCACAGAUGAUACUUCUUCACUUUUGCCAGCAAUAUUAAUUCUGUCAGUGGCAGAGCGUUGAUUGCGCCCCCUGUAAGGAUGCGACAUGGCUAAUAUAAAUACCUUUUUAAAAGAUAAAUAAAAAUGUCAAUUAAUGUCAUAUAUUUUACGUUGUUUGUAAUAAUUACAAACAAUUACUAUACUUGACCCCUAUGGAACUCACAGUGCAGAUGAAUGAGAACCCUUCAGAAACAUUUUCAUGAUGUGAAACCUGACUUACAAUCACAAUAUCAGGAAAAGUAUAUUUCUUUCAGUCAUCCCUAUGAUUUCGUGAUACUAAAUCACUUUCUGCCCUUAUAUGAAUAUUUAUUUGUCAUCUUACACAAAACUAGUAUCCGCGAAGGUGGAUUUAAGAAUGUAAAUAUUUUUAAAUACUAAAAAAUGUUAUAUACUUGAAGAAAAGAAACUUGAGCAAUUGAUUACUCAUUUUCCUAUUUUUGAGAACACGCGUCUAAUCAAAAUAUAUCAAUAUAAUACGUUUAAAAGGUUUAUUUUCCUUCAUCAAGAAUGGUCUCAAAGUUAGAAAAGAAAU